AUGCAAACCGAGAGUGAAUGUCUGCUGUCCUUCUCCCAGUGGCACCAUGAAGACCCGGCUAGUUCUGCAGGCUGGGAAGGCAGCACUGAUAGCUCCCUGCCCGAGCCCGAGCUAUACAUGACCCUGUUCGGAGCACCGCAGGACGAUCCCUGCUCCCACUUGAAGACUUUCUCCCUUGAAGGAUGCCCAAUGUCCACUUCAUCUGAUGCCACACUCCCAUCAUAUCUUUGCCCCUGCCCACCACCGACCCAAUUUGAUUCUCCUAACCCGUCUUCGCAAUCACAAUCACACCCUUCCAGCUCCAUGUCCGAGCGACCGGACCACAGUCUCCUCUGCUGUCCGGCUCACGAGCGCAUCGUUCAUCUGCUACUCUCAUGCGGCGCGGAUGUCAACAUUCAGAACGCGAACGGCCAGACACCGCUACAUAUUGCUGCUCAGCAGGGCCACCUUGGGAUUGUACGGUUGCUACUGGCAUCCAAAUUCAUUGAUGUGAAUGCUCAGGACCGAUGCGGGGCCACACCACUGCAUCUGGCAAGCGAAAAUGGGCAUGUCAUGAUAGUAAAAUUAUUGGUGGCGCACAAUGCCCACUUGAAUGUAAGGGCGACGAGCGUGUGA